CCUGUGUCUCUCUCUCUCAGUACUUUCUCUCUCUCUCUCUCUCUCUCUCUCUCUCUCUCUCCCUCCCCUAGCCUGAAAAAGGUAGGCUUUUCACUCCGGCACCUGCCCUUACCUACAGCACAGAGAGAGGGCGAGAGGGAGGCGAGAGCAGAGCAGCACCUUGGCCCAGCCUCACCUUCCUGUGGGAUUUUCCACCUUACUUCUUAACACAGAGCCCAGCUUUGUUUGUUGUUCUCUGGGAACGUUGGGAACAUUCCCUCAGCUCUGUGGAGAUCAAAGCAGAGAAUGAAGCUCAUCUCACCUGGCUGUGCAUGGAUGGAUACCCGAAGCGGUCAAGAUUCCCAUCUGAUUUUCCCAUUUGAACCCAUUUUCCGAAAAUAAGUUUGAGGAAGGGUCAAAGAGAACCUGGGAGUUCAGGGGGUUUUAACUGCAGGAGAGACGGACAGGUUUGGUGUGUGUGUGAACGAGGGAAUGUGCCAGAGCAAGAGAGAGAAAGAGACUUAAUAGACAAAGAACAUAAGUGAGAGCUAAAAUAGUUCUACGUAGUCCAUUUUUAAGGCUUGCUGGGCAUUGAACAAGAACAAUACAUACAAUAAGGAAAAUAGUCUAUCAGCUGCAACAGGAGUCAUAGAUUUAUAACUUAGUACGUUUUCACUUUCAGGCUGUUUCUUAGUGUUUGUCAGUCUAGUUGUCACUGUGUGUGCUCAGAUCCAUUGUAAGUGAGCCCUGUGGUGUCAUUGGAAGAUUUUGUUGUAUUCUGAGCACAUUGUUGGCCAGUUCAAAUGAUUGACAGGGCUAAAGAAGAAGAGUUGUUUCAGGAAGCGGGAGUGAGGUUUAUACAGGAGGACAUGGGGAGAUAAGAUGGAUCCUGCCCUAGCAGCACACUUUGGACCUAAAUCAGACUUUGAUGAACUCAACCUGUACUGGCUCCUGUCGACUAUCCUGGAGGAGGACAAUUUCUACCACCGCCAUCUUUGAACUUUGGCACCAGGAAGUAAAACACUGUCAGGGGAAAGGGUUAUCUCCACCUCAAACCUUAAUCCAAUUUUUUUUCAAGUAUUGACUCUUGGUUACCUAAUUUCACUGGUUUCCAUGGUGACCCCGUCAGCACGGGGACCUGUCAGCAUCAUCACGUGGUAGCCAACAGCCAUGCAGUACCUGGGUGGUAAACUGUCCUCCGCCCAGGUCCAUGUCUCUGGCUGGGUGGGCAGCGUGCGUCGUUCCCUACAGGGGGCACUGAACUUAGUCUGGGGAGAUGAGGAGGAGGUGGUGGUGGUAAAAGAAGAAGAGGAGGAGAAGGAAGAGGAGGAUGAGGGUGAAGGUGGGGGAGGGGGCAGGAGGUUUGACAGGGCUGUGUCACCUCUGCGUAGCUUUGCCUCCCGGAGCCGGCAAUCCCUGAGGUUGUUCUCUGUCCGGAGUCGCCAGCGGAUGACACUGCGUAGACGGGCAGCAGACACCAGCGCUGAGCAGUUGAAGUGCUGUGUGGGAGUGGGAGAGGGACAUGACACAGAGGCUCUGAUUGGUGGAGAGCCAGACAAGCAGUAUGGGGGAUGUGACACUAGACUGUCUGAGGAUGACAGUCUGCAGACGACAGUGGAACAGAUCUCCCCUGUCACACCAGAUGAGCCUAACAGCACAUAUCCACUAGAAGAAACAGAGGAGCUAUUAGCCUUUCCUGAUAUUUCUCCUCUAUUGGACACCAGUGCUCAGCGUGCAAGGGCAAAGCUGAGGAAGAGUCGGAGGACCCGCCCCCCUCGAGCUAUUCAUCAGAACUCUACCACAGCAACGCUUGAGGAAAACCGCAUCCACGACUGGAGGUUCUGUGACUCCUCAGAUAAGGUGGACUCUCUAACAAGGGGAGAUUGUGAGUCUGAUGAGGAGCAGCCCAGAGGGAGGGAGGUAUGUUCACCACCUUCCCAGCCCCAGAGAAUACCCCUCUUUUCUGGAAUGGACCCGUCCGCUCUCAAGGCCCAGUUAAAGAAGCGAACAGGGGGAGGAGUUAAAGGAGCAGAUACAGACAGUCAGACAGACAGUCUUGCUCUGUCCCCCUCUCAGCUCUCUCGCUCUCCCGGAUGUUCCUCCUUCCUCCCCGGGACGUCACAGAUGCUACCCCCUGUAGGGAACAAAGAUGGAGGGGGGGACUCGUCUCCUUCAUGGCUGCAAGAACUCAAGUCUAAGAAGCGCUUGAGUCAAUACAACAGUGAGGACUAGCUGAGUGGAUGGACCUCAUUUUUACACCAGCUAUUACAAUCAAAAUACCUAUCUGAUCACAUUCCCCUUCCAUACACACCUUAAAGUGUUAGUUAACUCCAAAGAAAGCCUAUAGCUUGUUAAAAGUUUGCAGUCUGACGUUGUCAGACACACUUUGAUUUGAGUGAACUAUCACUUUAAAAUAUGCCCUGUAUCUGUGUCAUGUAAAUUAGCUUUUAUUCCUGUUUACCUCUAGGAGAUACCACCCAGCUAGCACAUUCAGUUCCUUGGAACUUGUAGGAACGUACGUUUUUGGUUUCCCAUUGGUUCUGGGAACAAAGCCAUAAGAAUCUUGACCGGUAAAACGAAAAGUUCUGAGAAAGGAAGUGAAAACGUGGUCUUUUCUGGAAACUUACAUUUUUAGGUUGCAGAGAGAUUCUGAGAAGCUUUCCUGGGAGGUUUUAUUAACGUUCUGAGAACGUAAAUUAUAGGUUAUGUGAAGGUAUUUAUAUAACGUCCUGAGAAAGUGUUUCAAUAUGACUUUUAAUAACACUGAUAGUUUAGUUUGAACUCCAAGAACAUAUAGGACACAUGGAAAUGCAUUUUUUUUAUUGUGCCAGAGUCUAACCUAUGAUCUUCUGUUUUUUAUCCAUGGAAUUAGUCAACUGCACCACCAGGAUGGAGCUAGCAUGCCAUGUUUGUUUUUUACUCAUACAAAGCUGAUCAUUUUAAUCUAUUCAAAUAGACCCCAUUUCAAAGGAAACAAGCACUAAUUAAGUCCCGGUAUGGCCAAUUAGUGGGCGCAACCAACACAGUUAACAAGAUAGAGGAUAGAGAGUUUUGUUAAUGCUGAGAACAGAAUGUAUAUGUUUUUAAAUAAUAUUCUUUAGAACGUUCUCUGAAUGUUAGUCAAGUUUUUGUGUUUUUUAUGGAAAAUGUUCUUAAGGUUCUCUGAACAAUUUGAGAACAUGAAUUUAACUAGAACCUGUAGGAAACGUUAUGCUGAAGUACCAAAAUUACCACAGAAAAAUGUUGUUUCUUAAUGUUCUUUGAACUAUUGGAGAAUAUUCUCAAUGUCAAACCAGUUGGAGAACAUUCUUAGAAUGUUACCAAAAUUGUAGUGAAAUAUAACCAUGUUUGAACAUUUUGGAAACAUUCUGUUAAAGUAAUGAAAUUCCAAGGAAACAAUGUUUUCUUGUGAAGUUCCUUAAAUGUGCUGAGAAUGUUCCAAAGCCAAGCAACUACGCUGCACCAUUCCCAAAAAGUUGCGAGAAGCAUGCAUGCAAAAUAACCAACCACGCUCUCACCAAGCUCUAAGAAACAUAUGGUUCUCAGAACAUUGUGUGCUAGCUGGGCAUUGACUUGGAGAUCAUCCAACUGAUGCUGCUGUUGUUGCUGACAAACACCCCUGUGACAAACACAGCAGUGACCUGGACUCCCUCCAAUUGUGUGCCUUUCCAGAAACU